UCUAGUAUGAUGCAUACUUCAAAAUAACUUGGAAUAACUUGCAGCCUGCAGAUCUUCCCCAACACGAAGAAAGAAGUCUCCAAAACUCCUUUUUGUAUUGCAGAAGUAAUUGCUGUUGUUUUUGUUUAAUUAUCAGCUGCCCAAUGGACAGUACCAUGAUUUACAGAUACUAUCCAAGCAGUUCAGUACAGAGGUUUUCUAUCAAGUCGUUUCGUUUCCUCCGCACUAGCAAACGACUCGUUUACCUUCACUGUGAACUGUUGGUUUGUCAUCGUAAUUCAACCAACUCAAGGUGUUCAUCUGGUUGUGUCGGGUCUAGGCGACGUCGUGAUACUGAUGACUACGAUGAUACAAGUAAUUCGUAUGGCUUAUCAACUGGUCCCAUUGCUGGAGAUAAGAUUGAUUUGAGUGAAACUGAUCAGAACAAAGGUACCGAGCACAAGGUUCAAGGCAUGACUAUUGGUCUUAGUGUGAUGGGAGGGGUGCUGGCGUUAGUUUGUGUAGCCGUCAUAAUGAAGCUCGUUCACGCGAAGGUUUUGAAGUCAAGGAAGAGCAGAUCUGCUUCUGCAUAUGAGGUCAAAACCAACGAGGGAUCAGCAGCUUCUAACCUCGACGAUUGUCCUACUGAACACGCGGUGAAUGCCUACGAUGGGCCAGCGGCUUUCCAGCUGGAUGAAAUAGCGAAACCCUGACCUUGAACUAUGACUUAAGUUAACAUGUCUAAACACUCCUUGAUUUUUAAUCUUUUAGUAAAAAGAUCUAAUUGAUAGGAUAUUGUCAGGUUCAAAAACUCCAUGCAGUACGUCAUUGAAAAAUAUUUGCGAAAUUAUGCGCAUAGAGUUUUGCUUUCAGUUUCUUAGCUUUACACAAUCACGGCCUUCUCUACGGAAAAUGCAUGUAAUGUACCAACGUACGUGUGGAUAUUAGAGCGGAUUUCAUAUGAGUGGGACACCGUUACCGCACGGUUACCGCACAGUUACCGGACCUUGCCUUCACCAUUUUGGUGAACCAAUGGGGCACUAGAAUUUGGUUACAGUACGAUUACGGUCAAAGUAAAGUACCGUCCGUUUCCCAUUCAUACGAAAUCCGCUCUAACGGGUGUGUCACACUUUUAUUAGUAGCGUAUCCAGUUACUUUGAACAAUCGCACGUUGCUUUCCUUAAGAUCAAAUUAGACGUCACAACUGUUGCCAACAACCGCAUACAACCUGCCUAAGCCAAUGAUGGUUGGGCUGCCUGCUUGGUUUAAUGGCUGGGCUGCCUGCGUGGUUUAUGUGCGUGAAGUACAGCGGGGAAUUCUCAAUUUAUACCUGCGACUGUCGUGGUGAUUCGAAUCAAUUGACUAAUAGCCUAAAAGAUUUGGUAACCAUGUUGUAAGGAUGACUUAUUCUCAACAUGCAUCGUUCACAGAGGUCCUGGUCGUUCAUAACGCCAUCGUACGUGAGAAAGCAUUUCACGGAUUUGCUGUCAUGCAUACAUGCUUCGUUGACUUAUGCAGGYUGCAUGCGAUGGUAGUAAGUUCUGUCGUCUAAAUCGGCCUUGAAAACCUUUGCACCUACAGAAUAUACUACCAAUGAUUGUCAGACCAUUUUAUAUUAAGCAAUCCUUCUUAGAAAACCUGCGAUCCUAGACGCACCUAUGUGUAUAUUGAAUAUGUAAUCUAAACUUUAAACUUCAUGCCAAGUCGUUUUUCUUGCUUUUUGAGCAGCACGUAGUGCAUGAAGUACAGUUUCACUUCAAGCAUUGCAGAAGAAAAGGCAAAAAUGGUUACGAGUCCUGUGUUGCAGUUGUAGCUUGAUUUAGUAUGAAAGAGGUUUUAGAAAAAAUCAUAAUCAGUUUAAUUUAGAUAACAGUACAGCGCUUUGACUGGUUUACAGCAGAGCUUUUUCAUAUCAGCUGGCAAUAUAUAUUUGCUUGUUAUUGGUGAUCACUAAUAAAUCUCUUUGAGUUGCAGUGUUUUAUUAGAAA